UUAAAUGCGCAACUUCUAUUACUCCGCCGGAACUGAACUACUCAGGUGAUGGACGGCGAUGAGAAGAGAUCAUUACGGCGGAUUGAUCGUCGUCUCUAGAAUUUCAAGCUUCUUUGGUUCUAAAGCAGGAAACUUUCGUAGUCAAUUUAGGCUUCUCUGCAUUGCAAGCAACUCCUUUACAACGACGCACACUUUCUCUCCGCUUCUCAGACAGUGCAUAGACGAGAGAUGGUUACCAGGAAUCAAGACCAUUCAAGCCCAGAUGCUCAAAUCUGGCUUCCCAGUUCAACUCUCCGGCAGCAAACUCGUCGACGCGGGUUUGAAGUGCGGCGAGAUCGGUUACGCACGCGAGGUGUUCGAUGAAAUGACUGAGAGACAUAUCGUGACGUGGAACUCUCUGAUUGCGUAUUUUAUUAAGCAUAGAAGAAGCAAGGAAGCUGUUGAGGUGUAUAGAUUGAUGAUCACGAGUAAUGUAUUGCCAGAUGAGUACACAUUGUCCAGUGUUUUCAAGGCGUUUUCUGAUUUGGGUCUUGAGGAGGAAGCUCAGAGAAGCCACGGACUUGCUGUGAUUCUGGGUUUGGAAGUGUCGAAUGUGUUCGUUGGAAGCGCUCUUGUGGAUAUGUAUGUGAAGUUUGGCAAAACGAGGGAGGCGAAGUUGGUGUUAGACCGUGUGGAAGAGAAAGAUGUGGUUUUAAUCACUGCUUUGAUCGUUGGUUACUCUCAGGAGGGUGAAGAUGCAGAAGCUGUGGAGGCGUUUCGGAGUAUGUUGGGGGAGGGAGUCCAGCCUAACGAGUAUACUUACGCUAGCGUGUUGAUAUCUUGCGGAAACUUGAAGGAUGUAAGUAAUGGGAAGUUGAUUCAUGGACUUAUGAUCAAGUCUGGGUUUGAUUCUGCUCUUGGCUCACAAACUUCUCUUCUUACAAUGUAUCUAAGGUGCGGUUUAGUCGACGAUUCCUUGUGGAUUUUCAAGUGUAUUGAGUACCCAAAUGAGGUGACUUGGACGUCUCUUAUAUCGGGUCUUGUCCUAAACGGUAGAGAAGAAAUGGCACUUACAGAGUUUAGGAAGAUGAUGCGUGAUUCAGUAAAGCCAAACUCUUUUACGUUGUCUAGUUCUCUCAGAGGGUGUUCGAAUCUCGCAAUGUUUGAAGAAGGCAGGCAGAUUCAUGGGAUAGUGACUAAAUAUGGUUUAGAUAGAGAUAAGUAUGCCGGGUCAGGGCUUAUAGAUCUCUAUGGUAAAUGUGGAUGCUCGGACAUGGCGAGGUCUGUUUUUGAUACUUUGAAUGAAGUUGACGUUAUAUCUUUGAACACAAUGAUCUAUAGUUAUGCACAGAAUGGUUACGGACGCGAAGCACUCGAGUUGUUUGAGAGGAUGAUGAAACUUGGACUGCAAGCCAAUGAUGUAACGGUUUUGAGCGUGCUCUUGGCUUGUAACAACUCUGGAUUAGUUGAUGAAGGUUGUGAGUUCUUCGAGUCCUUUAGAAAGGGUAAGGUCGUGUUAACGAAUGAUCAUUACGCUUGUAUGGUGGAUAUGCUUGGACGAGCAGGGAGAUUGGAUGAGGCGGACAGGCUUGUGAACGAGGUGGUAAACCCUGAUUUGGUUCUGUGGAGGACACUGCUCAGCGCCUGUAAGAUCCAUAGAAAUGUUGAGAUGGCUGAGAGGUUAAAGAGAAAGAUCCUUGAGAUGGCACCUGGAGAUGAAGGAACUCUCAUUCUAAUGUCGAAUCUCUACGCAUCUACUGGGAAAUGGAACAGAGUGAUUGAGAUGAAGAGUGAUAUGAGGGGGAUGAAGCUGAAGAAGAGUCCAGCUAUGAGUUGGGUUGACGUUGAUAGAGAGACGCAUACAUUCAUGGCUGGAGAUUUGUUUUCACAUCCGAACUCGGAGCAGAUUCUUGAAACUCUUGAGGAGCUGAUCAAGAAAGCUAAAGAAAUGGGGUAUGUUGAAGACAAAAGCUGUGUGUUUCAAGACAUGGAGGAGAGUGCAAAAGAGAGGUCUUUGCAUCAACAUAGCGAAAAAUUGGCCAUAGCUUUUGCGGUUUGGAGAAAUGCUGGUGGAAGUAUAAGGAUUUUAAAGAACCUUAGAGUUUGUGUUGAUUGUCACAGUUGGAUCAAGAUUGUAUCAAGAGUUAUAAACAGAGAGAUUAUCUGUAGAGAUUCAAAGAGGUUUCAUCAUUUCAGAGAUGGGUCUUGUUCUUGUAGAGAUUAUUGGUAAAUGAACGAGACUAUGUUUGUGUUUCAAAAAAAAAAGAAAAAGGAAAAAAAGGACGAGACUUUGUUUUAA